GUCAGUGUUCGGCCGUCACCAGGGGACGCGCUACUGACGACCUAGUUGGUUAGAUACAAAUAAAAAAUAACAAUCUCUUUAAAAAGUACUAUUAACGAGAUUACCGACCUCUUUCAAAAAUCGCCUUUACACGUGAAACGAAGAUGUUUUAUUUUUAAACAGUGUAAAGCGCGGGAAAGUCUAGUCAAGCACAAUUUAUUUUCUUUGGUUAUCAAAAAUGUGUGGUUUGUGUAAUUCCGAUCUAUGAUCUUUAUUACCCAGUGCCUUAAAGUGAAAAUCAAUUAUUUUUACUACAUAAAUGACCGCAAUCGAGCAGAACAGAAAUGUUGUUACAAAGAAGAAGAAUAAAGUUGAUCACACUUAUAAUAUUCUGUGGAACAGCUGAUGUUUGGUGCAGUUUACCGGUAGAUUUGGCGCCUGAAGAAAAAAUUCUACCGCCCACUACUCUUUCGCUGACAUCAACAUCAUCUAUAGCUACAACUGUCAACGUGUCCACGUCCACUUACGCGACAGCUAUCCCCCCUAUACCGCCAAGCAACAGAGACAGAUUCCUCACGUUCGCUGAGUCCGGCCACCAUCAGACCUUCAUGUUUGCCAAGGACAACACUUUUAUACAGCUCGAUGGUGACAUAAUACAGAGAUUCCAACUCAGGUUAUGUAGAGAGAUCUCUUUUAAGUUUCGUACGCGACUACCUCAUGGUUUACUCGUGUACCACAAUGUUAAGAAUCCUGUAUUCAAAAUGCAACCUUAUGCACUCUACGUGAUCGUUGAAAAAGGAGAACUCAAAGUGGUACACGUGUUCGGUAAACAUCUGACUUCGGUGACCGUUGGCCGAGCACUGAACAGAGACCAGUGGCACAGUGUGGUAGUCACCAUCGAUGUUCAUGGCGCUAGGCUCAUAGCUAAAGUGGACCAGCUAAAGGAGGAAGUGUAUUUAAAGGGUCUAAGCUUUGAUACGAACUACGGCAUCACAGAUAAUUUAACAUCGGUUAUAUUGAUCGGAGGUUUAAGUUCUGAAGAGAAACUUCAUGGUGUGAAAUAUAUAAUAGAAUCCUUCGUCGGAUGCAUCAGCGAUAUGGUGCUUAGUUCUGGGAAAGCUGCCUCUGAUCUCCUGCCGAUUGUACCUCUAAUCGCUACCAAACACGAGAACGUCAAAGAGGGCUGCAUAGACAAAUGUAUGACGACGGAAAACUUAUGUUUCGAAGGUUCUAGAUGCAUAAAUGAAUAUAACGGAUACAGAUGUGAUUGCUUCGGUACAUUGUAUGAAGAACAACUAUGUGACGUUUAUACGGCAACAGUCCUCACUCUUCGUGGAUCCAGCUACGUGUCUUAUAGAGUUUACGAUUGGAAAGAUCGUGUUCACUCCACGAAUACAAGAGUGAGCCUACAUUUUAAGACUCGAUUUGAUGAUUCAGCUCUGUUUUACGCUAGCGGUCAAAUAGACGACAAACAUCAUUAUAUAGCAUUAUCAAUACACCAAGAAAGAUUGGCAAUACAGAUCGAUCUUGGUGAUGGGCCAGUUGAAGAUUACAUAGGGGAGAAAGUCAAUAACAAUCACUGGCAUAACAUAACAGUUAUAUUGCAAGAAAAUAUCGUUUUCGUUUAUUUGGAUGACGUAACGAAAACUUACGAAGUAUCGGGGCACUCGAGAUACGUAUGCAUAGACCCAGAGAUAUAUAUAUGCGGUGGGCCAGAUUUGCAUAAAAUGAAAGGGCUGAAAUCAUUCAAUAAUUUCGCUGGCAACUUAAAAUACGUUUACUACAACGACGUAUCUAUACUAUACGAAUUGAAACAGAACAACACAAAAGUACAUUACAUUGGCGUAUUGGAUCCGGAAUUCGAAGAGAUUGAUAUAGAACUGAUACCGAUCACUUAUCCUUUCGCGACUUCCCAUAUAUGGUGGCCGCUGAAUCAGACCAACAGUAUUAAUCUGAUAUUCGACUUUAAGACUAGUAAGAACAUGGCGGUUUUAGCUUACAGUCAGAUAACGUCUGGGCAAGGUUAUUGGGAGGUAAGGAUGGUAAAAGAGGAGAUCCGCUUCGAACUUGUCCCAGAUGUGGGAAAGAACGUUACUGUAUUAAAAUCAGUUAAAUUCAACGUGAGCAACGACUGGCAUAACGUUGAGUUAGAUUAUAGAAAAGGCAGGAUCAAGCUUACUGUGGAUCAUCUCAACAAACACGCACAAAUGUUCGGUCUCGACUUCCAAUUGCAAGACAAAAUUGUAAUCGGCAGCGGUCUCAAAUCUGCUAAUCUUGGUUUGAUUGGGUGCAUGAGGAACAUCAAAAUCAAUGGUCUUCUUAUAGAGCCGAGAUUCGUCAUUAAUACUGAGAGAGUGGUCGGCGAAGUGGCCAUCGACGACUGUCGGUACGUAGACCCGUGUACACGACCCAACACAUGUGAACACGGAGGCGUCUGCUCUAUACGAGAGGAUCGCGUCAUCUGCAACUGUGAUAAUACUGGGUAUAUAGGCGAGAAUUGUCACUUCGCCACUUUCAGAAAGACGUGUGAAGAAUUAGCUUUGCUCGGAUACACAAGAAAUGAUGUUUACCUUAUAGACAUUGAUGGUAACGGUAGAUUCCCACCAGCACAUGUUAAAUGUGAAUUCCAAAUAGAAGCUGAUUCGUCUACCACAGUUGUAGAACACAAUUUACCCAGCCAAGUGGACGUCCGAUCAGCAUCAGGUCAAGACUUCAGUUUCAAAAUCAAAUAUAGGGAAUUCACAGCUGAAAUGUUACAAGAGCUCAUUUCCCAUUCGCUGUUCUGUCGGCAGUACAUAAAAUACGACUGCAACAUGGCGCCUUUAGAACUGCACAGCGCAACAUGGUUUAUAUCCUCCUCGAACGAUACCAUUGACUUCCUUGGCAACGUUAAGAGAGGGUAUUGUCCCUGCGGAGUGAACGCAACCUGCGUAAAUCCCACGCAAUCUUGCAACUGCGAUGCCAACGAAAACAAAUGGCAUUCCGACGAAGGAGUCUACGUAGACCCCAAGAGUUUGGGUAUCACUGAAAUGUUCUUCUUACAGCAAAAAGACUUAACCGAAGAAGCUCAGGGACGGAUCACGUUAGGGCCUCUUGAGUGUGUCGAAACUAAUACUCAACGCUACGUAGUCACGUUUACGACAUCCCAGUCAUACAUAGAAGUGCCGGGAUGGCGGAAAGGUGAUAUAGCAUUUAGUUUCAGAACAACAGGCACCAGUGCUAUAUUACUGUUCCAACCACCUAUCAGACCCAAUUAUCCGUCCUUUAUGGUGGCUUUAACUAGUGAACACGAACUAACAUUCAAUUUCACCCUCAACACUGGUACUACAAGAAAAUUAGUCAUAAACUCCAAAAGGAAACUAAACGGCGGUGAAUGGCAUAAGAUUUGGAUAGAUUAUAACUUCUACCACGUGCGAUUCAUGCUCAAUACGGAAUAUCAAAUGCUGAAUUUACUAUUAGAAGAAGAAUUUGGACCUUUUGAAGGAUCUAUGUUUAUUGGAGGAGCAACGGCAGAACAUCUCAAAAAGUCUGCAGUACACCAAGGCCUUAUUGGCUGCUUCAGAGGUCUAGUAGUGAAUGGAGAAAUACUCGACAUCUACAGUUACAUGUCAGUCCACUUGUCAGAGAUCAUUAAGGACUGCAAGCCAUCUUGUGUUCCUAAUCCCUGUCAGAACAAGGCCACUUGUAAAGAGCUAUGGUCCAGCUACGAAUGUAUAUGUAAAAAUCCUUGGGCCCAUCUUGGAAUACAUUGCGAAGAAAACAUUAACAGAAAAGCUUUAACUUUUCAAACCAAAGAAGCAUAUUUAAAGAAAAAUUACUUAGUAGACAAUGCAACAGAUGCUGAAAAGCAAAGACUGAAGAAAAUGAUGACUGAAAAUGUACUGAUGAAUCUAAGGACAUACGACGAUAAUUCACUAGUCCUAUAUGCUAACGAUAAUCUUAAUAAUUUUAUACAUAUCUUCAUUCACAAUGGCACUGAAAUCUUAUAUCUGUUCAACCAUGAAGAUGAAAUAGUACAAAUGAAUGUUACAUAUGAAAAGAUAAAUAAAGGAGAGAGUGUACAAAUAGCCAUUAUAAGGACAGAAAAUACUACUACACUACACGUAAAUGAUAAAAAUACAACAAUUGAAAAAGUGGCAAAGCUUUUGACAAAUUACACUAACAAGCCGUGGAUAAAUCCUGACUUAGAGGUUAUUCUUCCACAAAGACCACCGGCUCCACCUACAGACUACUUCCAAAUGAAUCUUGGAGGUUUUGAUCAAUUCUCUCUACACUUAGCUCCAAGAGCUAACAUAUUACCACAGGGUGGAUACGUAGGCUGCGUUAGAGGUUUCAAAAUAGCUGACCAUGUUGUAGAUCUAUCUAGAAAGGCACAAGAUGAGAUAGAUCAAGACUUAACCGGCAUUCUACCAGAGUGCAAUAUGAAGUGCGAUUCUGAGCCAUGUAAAAAUGGCGGUAUAUGCACCGAGGACUUCACCAAUCAGGAGAGUAGUUGCGACUGCGAACUAACGAGCUAUUUCGGAGAGUAUUGCAUGGAGGAAAAAGGUGCCGAUUUCAAUGGAGAAAGUAUCCUCCAGCGAAAAUUUGUCUUCACUGGCGAUAUCACUAGGGUUAAAAUAAAACUGGCCUUUUCAAGCAACGAUUUGCGACAAAAGAAUACUGUACUGCUAUUAGUACAGACUGAGAAUAAGCGAAGAUAUUACUUGCUAGUAGCUAUAACGCAAGAUGGAUAUCUUAAAUUCGAAGAAGAUCGAGAAUAUUCAGCAUAUGGUGCUGAAUUUAAAAACAGAAAUUUUCUCAAUGGUGCUCGUCAUACAGUUUAUUAUACUAGAAUAGGACAAGAAGCGAAACUUUUAAUAGAUAGAAUAGAGGUGCCGCUGGAGAAACUUUCGCCUCAAGGUUUAUGGGAAAUGUUCGAUACAGGAUCAAAUGAAGUGCAGAUAGGUGGCUUGAAUACUACAGAUCCUAGGCUAAAAAUUUACAAAGGUUAUAAUGGGUGUCUCUCCAAUAUCUUCGUAGAAAUAAACGAGUACAUAAUGAAACCUCUAGAAGAGUACAUGCUCUUCACUCGCUCUGACUCUGAGAAAGUGAAUGCAGUAAAUGCACAAGGAGUCAGAAGUGCCCAGUGCUCCACUGAUUUUGAUGAAGCUUGGCCUGAACACGAUCAAUUGGGAUCGACGCACAAUGGCAGUUUCCUUAUUAGCGUGGACAAGACAUGGGUGGAGGAUCCCCCGUCUAGAACACCCUACGACUCCUUAUAUCAACAGCCUGACACGGAAGAGGAGAACACAGACAAAUUUUUUAUAGCGUUAAUAGUUAUAUUUCUACUUGGACUCUGUUAUUGUGGUUAUCAUAUGUGGCGAACACACAAAGCUCACAAAAUACGUCUAGAGAAAGAAACCGAUGAAAAUAUCAUGAGGAAUAAAGAAAAAGCCGUUAAGUUACAAGAACCUAGUGUAUCAUUUCUACAGAUGAAAGACGAUAUUGAAGCUAAUAAAGACGGUGAUAAAAAAUCCAAUGGUGUCACAAUAGAAGAAAUACCCAAGGUGAUAAUUGAAGUAUCCAACGGAGAGAAGCCGGUGAUCAGAAGAGAUAAAGAUGUUGCUUGGGAGACUCUAGAAGAAAAAGAUGAAACAAUAGAAAAUGAAGAAGAAGAGAACAACAACGAGAAGAAUGACGGAGACGAUGAUGACGGUGAUGAUGGAUAUAAUGAAGACGAUAGUAGGGAUGAAGAAGAUGACAAUGAGGAUGAUGAAGACAGAAAUGCACUAACACAAUCAGAAAUAUUCAAGAUGGUAAUUUUUUGAAAGUCACUUUCUUUAUAUUUUUAAAUAUAACGUGUAAUAUACACGUUAGUCUACCACAAUAUGUCUUUCUACGGUUGAUUUAAGGCUCUACCAUCAAUGUAAUAAGAUUUAAAAUUAAAUGACGAUUCUUGGCAGUUUUGUAUAAUCUGACGUGCUGUUGACUGUACAAUCAUCAGCACAUCAAAGUAGAGGUCAAUUAAUGAAAGAAUUUCAUUUUCACUAUCCAUUCAAAAACCGCAUAAGAUUUUAAGAGAGUCCAAUGUUGGUCCGCCUACAUUAACAACGCCUUUACCUUACAAGAUUGACGAAGACGGAUCUAAUGAAUUGUUACCUUUAACUGCAUAA